GGGGCGCGCUCCCAUGGCCCGGCGGCGGCGGAGGCGGCACGGCGGGGCCGGUGGCCCGGCGGCGGCGGGGCGGCAUGCCGAGGGCGGCGAGCCGGUAGCGGCGGCGCUGAGUCGGUGCCGGGGCGGCGGGAGCGGCGAUGCGGCUGCUCGGCGCCUUCCUGCGGCUGCUGGUGGCCGGGGCGCUGGGGGCGCCGCCCGCCCCGGCCCCGGAGGCGCGGGGGACCGCCAGCGCGGAGCCGCCCGUCCUGACCUUUCGGGAGAUCUGGAAUCGUAGUUUCUGCCGGCCUCUGGAGCAGCUGGUGGAUGUCAUCACCGAGUUCCCCAACGAGGUGGAGUACAUUUUCAGACCCUCCUGCGUCUCCCUGCAGCGCUGCGGAGGCUGCUGCGGGGACGAGGGUCUCCGCUGCGUCCCCGUGGAGACAAGCACGGUCACCAUGCAGCUCCUGAAGAUAAAGCCAAAUGGGGAGGCACCCUACGUGGAGAUGGCGUUCACCGAGCACAAGCGGUGCGAGUGCAGGCCCCGGCAGGACCUGAUGAGGCUGGGAAGGAGGAGGUCCAAGGGCCGAGGUAAGAGAAGACAAGAGAAGAAGAGACGUAAAGACUGUGAACUAUGUGGCACGCCACGCAGGUAGCCUCCGCUCUGCCCCCGGCCUCGCUCCUGCCGCCUGCGUUUGAGCCAGCUGCGUUUCCCCCAUGGUGUGGGGGACGUGUGGAGCCGUGUCCCUCCAAGCAGCAGUGGGGAGCAGGACUCCGGCAGGGAAGAGCUGACUGGACUCUUGCUUGGCCCUGGCGGGAGCGCAGCCUGGAACCAAGGACUCUCUUGCCCCCUCUGCACUGCUGGCAGCAGGACGAAAGGACCCAUGGCCAGACCCGGGGCUGAAGAUGAGCAGCUCAAGCAGGGUGUUGGUGUUUGAGGGCAUCCUGGGGGCAACGAGGAGCGGAGCUGGUGGCCGUGCUGCUGGAUCUGGCUGGGGACAGCAUGAUGGGGGGGGCGGACAGAGACGGAUCAGAGAGUUGCAGCUGCAAAACUGCUCUGUCCUGCCAGCGCCCUGCAGCUGGGGAGGAAGGAAAUGGGCAGGCAAGGCUGCAGGGCUGCGUCCGUCCCAGCCUUGGCAUGGGGCAGCCCAGGAGGGUGCCAGGGAACUUGCCUGGGAAGCCCCCCUGGUGGGGAAGGGGAGGGAAUUGGGGUUGCCGGGGCUCCUCGCGUACUCACAGCCACGUCCCAGCCUUGCCCUGCUCAAUAAAACUGGUGGUCGGACACAGGAGCUGGCAGUGCGAGCGCUCCUCUCUGCUUUCCAGCAGCUGCAGGCAGCGCUCUUCCCCAUGGGCACCCAGGCUGGAGGAGGGCAGUCCUGUGGUGGCCCGGGGCUUGUCCCCAGCACCAACUCCUGCAGGACCCAAGGGGUUCCCUUGGUGCGAUGUUGGAGAUGGGCAACCAGCAGGUCAGGACUAAGCUGCUUCCCCAGGCUGGGGGCUACCCAUGUGCUGGAGCUCAGGUGGGUACUGGGAGACCCUUGGGGGAACUGUCCUCCUCCACACCGUGACGUGGGGCUGGUACCCUCCCCCCCGUUAACCAUCCCCAUCCUUUUCUCACCCCAGUCCAAACGUCUGGCUCACUGUCCCAUGGCUUUCCUUCCCCAUGGCUGGGCUGAUGCAAGGUUGGAGCAGCGGGGGGCAGGCUGCCCGUGGGCCUUCCCACCCAAGAAACACCCCAUCAAAGCUCAUAUCACCCAGCAUGGGGGCAGGCUGGCCUGGGAGCCCCGUUGAUUACUGGGAACAUCCUUGCGGGUGUAGGGGGCUGGUGGUCCUCGUCAAGGUGACUGUGGGUGCUGUUGCUUCCUGCUUUCCCCACUCAGCCUGGUCUGUGCCCAGGUCUGUGGGGCAGCCCCAGCCCUUGUUUCUGUGUGCCUUAAGUGGUGCCCCUGGGGCUCUCCCUCUCCCCUUUCCCACUCCUGCUGCGGCGGGGCUGGGGCUGGCUGCCAAAUGUAUCCCCUGCUGUGCUGUGCCCUGGAGCAGCACACGUUGCUGGAAACCCUAAGGCCAAGCUGGGCAUCCUGGGCAUGGGGUUAAAACAAAAUCAAGGGUUAUUCUUGAAAGGUUCAAGCAAAAGUCUGGAGGGCAAGAUGGGCAAAGGCUCUAAAGUUGCCAUCGAAUGAGAUGACCUGUGGUUUAUCCUGUGCUAAAGAGCAAGAGUGGAGCCCAACGUAGCAGGUGUUGGGGUCCAAGGCGGCAGCUCCUCCCCGUGUCUGACAGGGCAGCCCAUAGCUGGGGCAGGAUCCCUCAGACCCCUAAUGCUGGUGCUGCCUGGGGCUGGCACAAGGACACGGGGACAGGGCAGGUCCUGUGGCAGUGGUACCCUGGCAGGGGAAGCAGGUGGUGCGUGUUGAGAUGACGUGAACCUCCAUGCUGCCACAUGCAGCAUGGUGUAGACUGGGUGAGUGUACCCGUGCAGCUGGAUCCUGUCUGGAUCCCUUUGGACCCCAUUUCCACUUCUGGCAUCCGCAGUGUUCUGGGGCACAGCCUAUGUGGGCUCUGUCCCAACAACAGCCCAUGAAGCUCCUCCUUGGCUGCUUCAUGGAUGAGGGGGACUCGCUGCUCCCCUUCCCGUGCCACUCGGGGUUUGCAUGGGCCACGUGGCACCCUAGCUCCGGUGGCCUGUCCUGGUCCCUGCAGGCUCUCCCCAUCCCUGUGUGCCAUUUCAGCCUGGCUGGUUACACUUUGAGGCUGAAGGAGGACUGUGUGCAGCACUCGAGGCAUGUGUGUGAUGGUUUCUAUAUUGUUUUUAACAGUAGAAUUUUCACUGUGGUAGUAUUAAACCUUUAAAAAGGAAGUUACAUAAGCCCAAGGAUGUUAAUUAAUAAAAA